AUGUUCAGAAAUAGUCACACUCGCUGUAAUAAAACACAACAGAAAACAAAAAAACUAUGGUCUGCUUCAGGACGAGACUGGAGCUGUGUCCUCUUUGAACUACAGAGUAAAGAAAGAGAGACUGAAGAGCUCAGAGCCAAGUACGAGGAGCGCAAACAGGUGUUGGAGAAUUUGGAACAGCGCAUAGAGGAGCUGCACAAGAACAUUAAGGAAACGCAGAAGUUACACUUAAGCUUUGACGUGUUUCUCAAGGAUGAAGAUCCUGAUAAAACUGCCAAGAAAGCAGAGAGGGACAGGAAAGAGGUGCUUCAGAAGGAGGCAGAGAUGACGAAGCUAAAGGAGGAGUGUGCUGAAGUGAGUGAGAGAAAACAAAAGCGACAGCGUCAGGUGCACAGACACUCUGUGUACAGGCAAUUCAUGGAGCAGGUGUGCAAAAUAACUGAGUUUGAACAUGUCGAGGCGCUCAUGGGUCAUUUGGAGAGUCUUCUCCACGUCAGACAGCAGCUCUCUCAGAGGGAGAAUAAGGCGCAGGAGCAGAUCGACCAGCAGAGAAAAGUGCUGCUGACUCUGGAGGACCAGCACAACUUGCUACGGCUGCAGCAGAACAACCGGUUCUCCCAACUCCAGACCAAGCUAGAGAGGACUCGCUCUGAAGCUCUAACAUGGGAAAGGAGGUGGAACCACAUUCAGGAGACGACAGCAAAGAAAACACUCAAACUGGGUCAGAUUAAGAUGGUGACCCUGAACCUCUAUGAAACAACAGGUGGGAGUUUUGAAGGCGAGGGAGAUGUGGAUAUGAAUGACACAGAGAAACAGCUGGACCAGGUGAGGAUGUUCUUCGAAGACCACAAUGACAUGGUGAAACAACUUCAAUCGCCUUUGCAAAGACACAAUGACGGACAGAAACUAGAGGAGGCCAAAAAAGCACAUCAGACUCAAUAUAAAAAAGCAUAUUUCAAGUAA